CCUGGGCGCUGUCCUGGAGACAGGGCGGGCGAGUCCAAGCGCGGAGGGGUGCUGGAUCCCGCCGGGCCGGACGCUGCUUCCGCGCAGCUCGCUUUGCUUCCCCGCUUUCCCCCGUUCGUCGGCCUGUGGAGCUGACCCGAGGCGGAGGCCCAGAGGAGCGCACCGCGGGAGCAGUCAAGCGGAGUAGCUGCUUCUCCAGACCGAGCGAUCAGGAGCUAGAGAUGCUAUUUUAUCAUCUGUGAGAAGUUGGCCCAGAGAUGGAAAACUUUAUUCUCUAUGAGGAGAUUGGCAGAGGAGGCAAGACUGUUGUCUAUAAAGGGCGACGGAAGGGAACAAUCAAUUUCGUAGCUAUUCUUUGUACUGAUAAGUGCAAGAGGCCUGAAAUAACCAACUGGGUCCGUCUCACCCAUGAAAUUAAACACAAGAAUAUUGUAACUUUUCAUGAAUGGUAUGAAACCAGCAAUCAUCUCUGGCUAGUAGUAGAACUCUGCACAGGUGGUUCCUUAGAAACUGUUAUUGCUCAAGAUGAAAACCUCCCAGAAGAUGUUGUGAGAGAAUUUGGGAUUGACCUGAUUACUGGAUUACAUCAUCUUCAUAAACUUGGCAUUCUCUUUUGUGACAUUUCUCCUGGGAAGAUACUCUUAGAAGGACCUGGCACGUUGAAGUUUAGCAAUUUUUGCUUGGCAAAAGUAGAAGGUGAAAAUUUGGAAGAGUUCUUUGCUUUGGUGGCAGCAGAAGAAGGAGGAGGUGGUAGUGGAGAAAAUGUACUGAAGAAAAGCAUGAAAAGUAGAGUCAAAGGAUCUCUGGUAUAUACAGCACCGGAAAUCGUGAGGGGUACUGACUUCUCCACCGCCAGUGACCUCUGGUCUUUGGGCUGUCUGCUUUAUGAAAUGUUUUCAGGAAAACCUCCAUUCUUCUCAGAUAGUGUUUCAGAAUUAAUUGAGAAGAUUUUAUAUGAAGAUCCUUUGCCACCUAUUCCAAAAGAUUCAUCUCUUCCUCAAGCUUCAUCAGAUUUUAUUAAUUUGCUUGAUGGGUUACUUCAAAGAGAUCCUCAGAAAAGAUUAACUUGGACAGGCCUACUGCAACAUUCGUUUUGGAAGAAUGCUUUCACUAGAGAAGACCAGGAAUCAAGCAUUGAGGAUUUCAGCUUCAGCAGUAAUCUGAGGAAGUGUCCUGGGCCACAAGAUUCCAAGCAGCUUUUGCAGAACCCUCAGAAUGAACAAGCAAAAGGGCAGAAGAGUGGUCAAGAACUGAGUCACUCUUUCAGACUAGAAAAUCCAACUGACUUGCGGCCUAAGAAUACUCUUGGUGGUCAAUUGAACGAAUCCAUGUUUCUUCUCAGUUCUCGUCCUACUCCAAGAACUAGCACUGUAGUAGCAUUAGGUCCUGGUGAGGAUAUGACUCAGAAAUCACCACAGAAAACUUCUCCUUUGUCUAAGAUUACAAGUAGACACCUGAGUCAGCAGGACCUGGAAUCCCUGAUGAGAGAGCUUAUCUACACAGACUCAGAUCUCGUCAUCACCCCAAUUAUCGACAACCCGAAGAUAAUGAAACAACUGCCAAUUAAAUUUGAUCCAAAAAUACUGCAUCUACCAGCACAUUCAGUGGAUAAGUUAUUAUUUCUGAAAGACCAAGACUGGAAUGACUUCUUGCAACAAGUGUGUUCGCAGAUAGACUCCACUGAGAAGAGUACUGGAGCCUCCAGAACCAAGCUGAAUCUCCUUUGCUAUUUAUGUGUGGUGGCUGGUCACCAGGGGGUGGCCACCAGGCUCCUCCAUUCCCCCUUGUUCCAAUUGCUAAUCCAGCAUUUGCGAAUAGCUCCAAACUGGGAUAUACGGGCCAAGGUUGCUCGAGUGAUUGGAUUACUGGCCUCACACACAACUGAGCUCCAGGAAAAUACACCUGUUAUUGAGGCAAUUGUUCUCUUAACUGAAUUAAUUAGGGAAAACUUCAGGAACAGCAAAUUAAAACAGUGCCUUUUACCAACCCUCGGGGAGCUGAUCUAUCUUGUAGCCACCCAGGAAGAAAAAAAAAAGAACCCUAGAGAAUGCUGGGCUGUUCCCUUGGCUGCAUACACAGUGCUAAUGAGGUGCCUUCGGGAAGGGGAAGAACGUGUUGUGAAUCACAUGGCAGCAAAGAUUAUUGAAAAUGUCUGUACUACCUUUUCUACUCAAGCCCAGGGCUUUAUUACAGGAGAAAUUGGACCCAUUUUAUGGUACCUAUUCAGACAUUCUACUGUUGAUUCUCUUAGGAUAACAGCAAUAUCGGCCUUGUGUAGAGUCACUCGCCAUUCUCCUACUGCCUUCCAGAGUGUUAUUGAGAAGGUGGGACUGAACUCAGUCAUAAACUCCCUGACCUCUGCCAUCUGCAAAGUUCAGCAGUACAUGUUGACCUUAUUCACUGCCAUGUUGUCCUGCGGGAUUCAUCUUCAAAGACUAAUCCAAGAAAAGGAUUUUGUCUCCACAAUUAUCCGUUUACUUGACAGCCCCUCAAGUUACAUUAGAGCAAAAGCCUUCCUGGUUCUUCUAUAUAUUUUGAUUUAUAACCGCGAGAUGCUGCUGCUCAGUUGCCAAGCAAGACUGGUGAUGUACAUCGAGAGAGACAGCAGAAAGACCACUCCAGGCAAGGAGCAGCAAAGUGGCAAUGAAUACCUGUCCAAAUGCCUGGGCCUUCUCAUCCGUCACAUCGUGCAGGAGCUGCCACGAGUCCUGGGUGACAUUCUUAACUCCUUGGCUAAUGUUUCUGGCCGCAAACACCCAUCAACAGUUCAAGUGAAACAACUGAAGAUGUGUCUCCCUCUGAUGCCGAUAGUGCUUCACCUCGUAACUUCACAGGUAUUUCGACCUCAAGUUGUAACAGAAGAGUUCCUUUUCAGUUACGGAACUAUUCUUAAUCAUAUUAAAUCGGUAGACUCAGGAGAAACUAACAUAGAUGGAGCCAUAGGACUAGUGGCAUCGGAAGAAUUUAUCAAGAUCACGUUGUCAACUUUUGAAGCAAUAAUACAGUAUCCUAUUUUACUGAAAGACUAUCGCUCUACGGUGGUUGAUUAUAUCCUGCCACCCUUGGUCUCCUUGGUUCAAAGCCAAAAUGUGGAAUGGAGACUCUUUAGCUUGCGGUUGCUCUCAGAAACCGCAUGUCUACUCGUGAACCAGGAAGUUGAGGAUGGCGAGGAUGCAGCCAGUGUUGAUUCCGAUAGCAAUCUUCUGGCCCUCGUUAGAGAUGUCUUACUUCCCCAAUAUGAGCACAUUCUCAUAGAGCCUGACCCAGUACCAGCAUAUGCUCUGAAACUGCUAGUUGCAAUGACUGAACACAACCCAACUUUUACCAGACUCGUGGAAGAAAGCAAACUGAUCCCACUCAUUUUUGAAGUAAUUCUGGAACAUCAGGAGAGCAUUCUGGGUAACACCAUGCAAAGUGUGAUUGCAUUACUCAACAAUCUUGUUACCUGCAAAGAUUUGAAUAUGAAGCUACUUUAUGAACAAGUGUAUGUCCAUUCUAUUUCUACACUUGGGGAACCCACGAACUGUCCUCUCAGCGAGAGUGGAUCGCGGGAGUAACUGUGUCAGGACCAGGAGACGGGUGAGGACAUGACACCAGCAGCCUGGAGCACCUUCUCUUUGGCUUGUGCUUCUGUGCACUGGGAUCUUUAUCCUUGCACACUAAUUGAUGUGAGUGCUAGCAGGAGGGAAUAAAGAAGCUAUAAUGGAGACUAAUAAUAAAUGUUACUGUGCCCUGUAAUCUAUUUUUAAGAUGAUUAUAUUAAUGUAUGUACAAUUUAUGUGAAACAGGCAUUUCUAGUUUAGUUUUUCUUGCUGUAUGGACAGUUAAAAGAACAACACUACAGAAAAUGCAUUUGACAAAAUAUAAUAUUUAUAACUUAAAAAUUGUUGGUUUGCUCAGAUUAGAAGGCAAUUACUUUAGCUUGAUAAAUAAUAUUUGCCAAAGAACUAAGGAAGAUAUCAUUUUUAAUAGUGAAAUAUUGGAAAUUUCAUCCUGAAAUUGAGAACAAGACAAAGAUGUCCACCAUGCCCGUUUUUAUUAAACAUUCUCUUGGAAGUCCUAGCCAGUACAAUUAGUUAAGAAAAAAAUAGAUGCAUAAGAAGUAGAAAGGAAGUACAAUUACCAUUAUUUUCAGGCAACAUGAUUGUGAACCCAGAAAAUUCAAAAGAAUUUACAAACUAUUAAAAUUUAUAAGCAAGUUAGCAAGGUCACAAGGCACAAAGUCAAUAUAAAAAAAAUCGAUUGAUAUAAAAUUUAUAUUAAAAAUUUAUUUCUACCAACCAUAAAAAUAAAAAACUUAAAGAUUUAAGUUACAGUAGCAUCUAUAAAAAAUACCUAGGAAUACAUCUAAGAAACAAAACUUCUAUACUGAAAAUUAUAAAACAUUGAGAGACAUG